AUUGAUAGCUGUUGACGAUAUUUUUCCAGCAUCGAGUAUCUGUAUUACCCCAAAUCGGACAAAGUUUCAUGUAAGAAACAUAGUUCUUUGAAAACCCAGAGAGAGAGGGAGAGAUAUUAUCGUAUUUUGGUGGGUGGCGGAUUCGAGCAAGUAAUGUACGCCAACCCCGCGUUCUCCACACCCUUUUCAGUGAAAGAUAUUCUCAGCUGGACUGAACAGCAGCAAAACCAUUGUGGAAUGGACUACCAAACCGCCAUGAACUUUCCCAUGACAGCCACGAACUUUUCCUUCGACUCCUCGCCAAGAUCCCUCUGCGACCAAAUGUCGAUGGGCAACAAUCCGUCGUGUCUGUACGGCAGUACGUCCGCACCGACCCACCACGGCCACCUCCAGGCGACAUACGCGAACCUGUCGUGCUCACCCCCUGGGACUGCCAUGGUGCCGGGAUCUCUGUCCUCCAGCAAGGACUACGCCAGUGUGAUCCACACGCCGCCGACUCCUUGCGACGAAGAGGGGGAGACAAUUGAAAAAAAACCAGUGAUCACACAGCACCAGCAGCUGGAGAUAGGUCAGCUGAGUAGCAGCAUCAACACCACGACGACGUCGUCAUCCAGUGACGUUGAGAAGACGAAGACGUCGUCGACGAGCUCGGAGAGUUCCAGCGAGUGCCAGCUCCUCAAACAGAGACAGAAGAGAAAACCGCGCGUCUUGUUCUCCCAGGCGCAGGUCUAUGAGCUGGAGCGCAGGUUCAAACAACAGAGGUACCUGUCGGCGCCGGAGAGAGAACAGUUGGCCAACAUGCUCAAACUCACCUCCACGCAGGUGAAAAUCUGGUUUCAGAACCGCCGCUACAAGUGCAAAAGACAGAGACAGGACAAGAGUUUAGAGUUAUCGGCCAUGCAGCCGCCGCGCCGCGUGGCGGUUCCGGUGUUGGUGCGGGACGGAAAACCGUGCAUGGGACAGAACAUGAACACGCCCUACUCCGCCCCUUACAAUGUUAACCCUUUCGCUUACUCUGGUCCAGCGUACAACAGCGUGUCGAAUCACAUGACGCAGGUGAAUCAAAUACAGCAGCAGGGCUACGUGCAGCAGCCCAUCCACCAGGGGAUUCGCUCCUGGUAGUGGUGGUGGUGGUGGUGGUGGUAGUGGAGUCAAACUGAUGCACCAGAGACGGCGAAGUUGACCCGUGGAAAAUUAUGACGUAUUUAGCAGUCGGCGAUAGAACGUUAUACGAAAUACGAAACUAACAGUUUACACAGCUCAGGUAGCUCAUCGUGAGCGUGACAAACGGAACGGAUUUAUGUUCGAAUUCAAGGAGGGCAGAAAAUGCGAUACAGUUUUGUCCGUAUCAUGUGAAAAGACACCGAGUGCGUACUUUAUUUUCCGUUUCGGAUUGUCGGGAGAGCAGAACAUUCGGUUCCCCUUCUGCAUUUUACAAGACGUCGAGGCAGUAGGUUUAUGUAAAUGUGUAUGAUACUUGCGCAUGUGCCUCUUAACCAAAAACAAAUGUACUUGUGUACAGUUUUCGUUGCCUUUCUUUGUGUGUGGGUUCACAACAAUUUACGACUGCGAAAAUGACGUGUACGUCAACAUGAUUGCAAAGGUUACUUUUUCUGCGCUUUGCUUGGCUACAGGCGUUGCGUGUUUGUUUCAUAUUUUUAUUUCAGAUUUGUUUAGCCAGCAAAUCUAACAUAAAUUAAACCUUUUCUCUUA